AUGAACUUAUUACAAAAGGGUUUAUCAUUUAGCCCCACUGGAAGCCUUGAUACUUUGAACCUUGAUACUGACUUACAACGGUUUUACCGUAAUAUACGUUUAAAGGCCCAUUUUUCUUCAGAACACAUGGUCCCUCAAUCCGUUCAUUCUGAGACUGGUACUGGUUCCCUAACAGCUAAAAUGUUUAAUCUGAAGAUCAGGAGCACAUUUUCACCUCCGCGUCUACACCAUCCUAUUGAAACUUUUAUAAAUCUAGUGCAACGUGAUGUUGAGACAUUGUUGCAACAAUGCAAGACUGGCAAUAUGCAUUUACAAUCCAAUUUACCUUUGGAGGAAAAACGUGCACUUGAUCAAUUGUUGGAGGAUAAGUCUCUGGUAUUCAAACCAGCGGAUAAAGGGGGUGCUCUGGUGGUCCUUGAUAAAGCAUAUUAUGUUUCAGAAAUUUUGUCGCAACUAAAUGAUACAGAUACAUAUCAGAUUUUACAGAAUGAUCCUGUAUUUCGCAUCAAAGAAAUGAUACAAAUUGUUGUGAAUGCUGCCAUAGAGGAGGGGGUCAUUGAUGCCACAUUGGGCGGAUUUUUGGUUAACCAACAUCCAAUUACUCCCGUUUUUUAUACGUUACCAAAAGUACAUAAGUCCAUUGUUAAACCGCCUGACCGUCCCAUUGUGGCAUCUACUGACUCAAUCCUCUCACCUUUGGCAAUUUUUCUAGAAAAAAUCUUUACGCCAUUUACUAAAUUGUCUCCAUCAUACUUGCGUGAUACUGAGCAUUUUUUGCAGGAAAUUAAAACUCUGCAUUCAGAAAAAGAUGAUUUACUUGUUACCUUUGAUGUAUGUAAUUUAUACACAUCAAUAUCACAUGAGAAAGGUCUGAAAGCAAUUGAUACAUUGUUACAACCAAGUCAUUACAACAAUGCAGAAUCCUUUAACCCGAUCAAAGGAUCAAGUGGAGGAUAUGGACCAGUGUUUGAGGAGCAGCCACAGAACACGUUGUUUCCAGAGGGAUCAGAAGAACUACUUACCCUGGCUUGCCGUGCCCGGGCCAUUCCUCCUGCCACAUACAGGUGGAAACUGAAUGGCACAGAGCUCAAUCUUAUGGAAAACUCCAGUUACCAACUAGUAGGAGGGAACCUGGCCAUCUCUAACCCAACACAUUCUAAGCACACAGGAACCUAUCAAUGUGUAGCCACUAACCCAAGGGGUACAGUGCUUAGUAAUGAAGCCUCUCUGCGCUUUGGAUAUUUACAUGAAUUCCCACCAGAGGAGAGAGAUACAGUUAAAACAACAGAAGGAUGGGGAGUUAUGUUGCCAUGUAAUCCUCCACUGCACUACCCUGGUUUGUCAUACAGAUGGCUACUGAAUGAGUUUCCAGUGUUUCUGCCCACUGAUAGCAGGCGAUUUGUGUCUCAGGUGACUGGAAACUUGUACAUUGCACAGAUUGACGCCCAGGAUGAAGGGGGAUAUUCCUGUCUGACCACCAGCCACAUUGCAUUUACAACCAAAAGUGUUUACAGCAGCUUUACUCAACUUAGUAUUACUCCAGAAGCAGAACCACGGUUGUAUGCUCCCAGUAUUAAAGUGCGCUUCCCAGGGGAGACAUAUACUCUGUCCAGGCAGUCAGUUACAUUGGAAUGCUUUGCCUUUGGAAACCCAGUGCCUCGUAUUCGAUGGAGGAAGGUAGACACAUCACAGCCCCCUCAGUGGUUUGCUUCAGACCCUAUUCUGCAUAUUGAAAGUGUCAGCUUUGACGACGAUGGAACCUAUGAGUGUGAAGCUGAAAACUCUAAAGGCAGGGAUACCUACCAAGGACGUGUGAUAGUGCAAGCACAACCAGAGUGGCUCCAAAUUAUCUCUGACACAGAGGCCAAAAUUGGAUCUGACCUUCUAUGGAACUGUGCAGCAUCAGGAAAACCUCGACCUACAAUUCGCUGGUUGAAAGAUGGAAAAGCAUUGACAUCACAGGCACGAAUGGAAGUGAGCAACGGGCAGCUGAAAAUCACCAAUUUGGAUCCACAAGACUCGGGCAUGUACCAGUGUGUAGCAGGAAACAAGCAUGGCACCAUUUACACAGGCGCAGAGCUAACUGUUCAAACUAUGGCCCCUGACUUCCGUCUGUCACCAGUGAAACCCCUGAUUCCUGCAGCUCGUGGUGGAGAAAUCACGAUCCAUUGUAACCCACGGGCUGCCCCAACCCCAGUCAUCCUAUGGAGUAAAGGGACUGAACUUCUACGCAACAGUAGCAGGAUCACAGUUACUUCUAAUGGAACAUUAAUCUUGAAGAAUAUAUCUCGUGCAGAUGAAGGCAACUACACCUGUUUUGCAGAGAAUAUCAUGGGAAAGUCCAACAGUACUGGCAUCCUUAGUGUGCGGGGUGAGAUGAAAUUACUUUGGGCCCCUUCAGGAUCAGACAUCAACGAGGGGGAUAGUGAUACACUGCAGUGCCAUGCCUCCCAUGAUCCUACCAUGGAUCUCACCUUUACGUGGGAGCUGGAUGGAAUGCCCAUAAACUUUGAGAAGGAGGAAGACAUUAUCAAAAGUUUCUGGGAUGAAUCAGUUGGGGACCUUCACAUUAUUAAUACUAAAUUAAGGCAUGCUGGGAAAUACAGAUGUACAGCUCAGACUGUGGUGGACCGAGCCUCAGCUUCUGCUUCUCUCCUUGUGCGAGGCCCCCCUGGACCUCCAGGAGGUGUGGUUGCAAGAAAUGCAAAGGAAACAAGUAUCCAAUUGAGCUGGAGUCGAGGGUUUGAUAAUCAUAACCCAAUCAGUCGUUAUACAGUGGAGGUGAAGGAGCCAGAAAUGGAAGAGUGGAAAACGGCUCGGACAGAUCCUGCCACUGUGGAGGGAAAUGCAGAAUCAGCUUUAGUGGUGGGACUCACACCAUGGACUGACUAUCAGUUCCGAGUUGUGGCUAGCAAUAUUUUAGGAGCUGGAGAACCCAGUUUUCCGUCAGCCAUAAUAAGAACAAAAGAGGCAGCACCAAUUGUGGCUCCAUCAGGUCUUAAUGGUGGAGGAGGGGCACCAAACGAGCUCACAAUUACCUGGAAGUCGUUGGAGAGGAAGUACCAGAAUGGAGAUGGUUUUGGAUACAUCAUUGCUUUCAAAAGAAUGACUGAGGAGACCUGGCAGACAGUUAAAAUUCUUGGGGCGCAGUCGCAGCACUUUGUGUAUAGAAAUGAGAGCAUAGCAGCCUACACUCCCUUCAAUGUCAUGAUCAAGGCAUUUAAUCAAAAAGGAAAAGGACCUUACAGUUUGGAAACCAUUGUAUAUUCUGCAGAAGAGGAGCCGAGCAUUUCACCUUCUGACGUGAAGACAACAUUUCUAUCAUCUUCUGAAAUCAAGGUGGAGUUCAAGUCUGUGGCAACUGUCAAGGGGGUUUUAUUGGGCUAUGAGAUCAGAUACUGGAAGGCUGGUGAUAAUGCAGGUGCUGCCGAUAGGGUGAGGUCGGAAAGCCUGGACACAGUUGCCAAAGUGAGCGGUCUAAAGCCAAAUACCCUAUACCAUGUGACAGUUCAUGCUUACAACAGAGCUGGCACUGGGCCACCGAGCCCCAUCGCCAAUGUUACUACCACCAAAUCACCUCCAAACAGACCUCCAGGUAACAUUUCCUGGACGCUUUCGCGUUCCAGUGUCAGAAUCAAGUGGGAUCCAUUGAUAUCAAUGAAAAAUGAGUCUUCUGUAACGGAAUACAAGAUACUUUAUAGAGUGGAUUCCCAUUCAACUCCUACCUUAUAUGUGACAAGCAAGACACAGGCAGAGCUUCCAGUUCCUGAAGGUGCCAAUCAUGUGACUAUUCAGCUACGUGCCACUGGAUUGGGAGGUGAUGGGGAGGCAGCAGAGGUGCAUAUUCCCACAAAUUCAGGAACCAGCAUGAUGGUAGAAAACUCUGCUUCUCAGCCAUUCAUGACUAAAACAGUUGCAGUCUUGGUCCUAAUCAGGUAUCUUGCAGUUUGAAGCACUAUCACCCUGAAGAU